UAGAGGGACACAUGGCUUACGCCCCUCCCUCUGAAACCACUGGGAUAAAACAGCCAUUUUAUCCGAGUUCAUUACUGCACAUGACUCUCCAGACAUAACGCUAGAGACCUGGACCAGUGAAAUCACCUGUCACAGAACCAACGAACAAUAAAACGUCAAGAUGUGCUGCUCGGGGUUCCUCAAAAUAAUGAUGUUCAUCUUCAACGGUGCCCUGUUCUUAGCAGGUGCCGCAAUCCUAGGUGUAGGGAUCUGGGCAACAGUAGACAGCAGCUCCAUGCUUGGUGUGUUAUCUCAUAUUGAUAAUGCGCCUCCUGAAUUGGCUCAGCUGGCGAACGUAGGCUACCUGCUGAUUGCUGUGGGAGCCAUACUUGCUAUCAUGGGCUUCCUGGGCUGCUGUGGAGCCAUAACUGAGAACAAGUGCAUGCUUCUGACAUUCUUCAUAAUUGUGCUUCUCAUCUUCAUUGCUGAGGUGGCUGGGGCCAUUGUAGUUCUGGUGUUCAAGCCUCUGGCGGAGGAGGCUUUGAGCGGUCUGAAUAAGAAUUUUGUUGAGGCCAUCAAGAAGGAAUACGGAGAGAAUAACGACUUCACAAGUGUCCUGAAUAACACUAUGAUCCAGCUGGAUUGCUGUGGUUACAACAACUACACCGACUUCGAAGGAUCUCCUUUUCAAACAUCUUUCAAUCUUUUCCCGGAGACGUGCUGCGAUGAAAUUACACCGUGUAAUCUGAAAGAAGCAGAAAAACAGAAGGUCAGGGGUUGUUUCAAUGCGCUGGUCAAACUGAUAGAAGAUAAUGCGGUUUUGCUAGGAGGCGUGGCCCUCGGCAUCGCUGCUCUAGAGAUUGCUGCGAUGGUCGUGUCCAUGGUCCUGUACAAUAGCAUUGGGAAAUAAUUACAAACGCCAACUGAUGUACUGAUGUAUGCACUUCUUCUUUGUACUAUACACUUUACUGCAGGCUGAUUUCUGUCUACAGCUCUUUAUACAUUGAUUUCAAUUCUCAUUAACCAUCUAGUAGGUAACUUCUACUACUAGUAGUAGAAAUUGCCAUUGCAAUUGGUUAAUCUCAGGGAUUAAAGGGGUUCAUUAGUACAAAAUGUAACUAAACUGGUUAAUUAUAAUCUGUGCUAAUAUGCUAAUAACAUGAAUAACGAUGAUUUGGCAGUAAAGAGAAACAAUUAUUAUGGACUUUUUUAUUUAAUGUCUGUUGCUGUCUAUUAGCUUUUAUUUAUUAUUUGUAACAAUGCGUUGGAUAACGUAAUAAUUUAGAACAUGGUCGUCAGUAUCACAUUUCCUUAAGCUCUUAUUGUUAGUCUCCAGUCUAGUCUAGAUUCGAAUAUUUGUUUGAAUGGACUAGAAACACACAUUAGUACCAUAAUACAAAAUAUAUAUUUUCAAUUGUUAUAAAUUUUUUCACUGUAAAGCAAAAUGUCCUCUAUUAUGUAUGUAUAGUUUUAUGUUGUAAUACAUUUUUUUGUUCAUUUGUAUACAUCUAAAUGAAGGAUUUCCUAAAAUUAA